AUGUGUCAACACUGUCAACACGAAAAAAAAAUGUAUACAAAAUAUAACUAAUAAUCAAAAUUCAUUGAAAUUAUUUAUUACUUCUUGCUGUAAAAACCGAUUACAAACUUUUGUUAACAUAUUUAUCUAAGUUCCAAAAAAUUUGCAUGCACAAAAUGUCAAAGUCAUUUAGUGUAAGUAGUCAACCAACAAGCGAAACAAAUGGCAAAAAUUCAUCUAGUACUUCAACUUGUAACGGUGGUGUUCAUGUGUGUCCUUUCCAAUUAGCGCCACCUAUAAGUCACUUUACAUAUUGCGUACUAAAACGCGUUUGUCGACAAAUUUUAAAAGAAAUGCUUUCAGAAGAACAAGAACAGAUUAAAAAUGAUCUGAAUAAAAUACAAAACAAAGAUAAACCCAACAGCAAUACGAAACAUAAGCCUUAUCGCCAAGCAGCAAAAUUCUUCAUCAAUUGAAAGUCCAUUGACAACAAAAUUUCAUCACAAAGCUCAGUCAAAACAUUUUUUUAAAAUUGUUCCAAAAGCAACUAAAACAACCCAAACUGAGAAUGGAUUUGAAAACAUAAAUGAAAACUGCCAAACAAAUGUCAAAAUGAAUAAUUACAUGCCUCCAAAACAAAAUACGAAAACGGAGCCGAUGAAGAAGAAUAUAAGGAUAAUACCUGAACUCCAUAAAAGUGGUAUUCCCAUAAUAUUGAAUUUACGUUCAAAAGUAAGAAAUGGUGGGAAAACUGUAAAUGGUAGUUAGUGACAAUUACACAAGCAUAAUUUUAUUUUAACUAAAUUUAUAUACAUAUAAUAAUUAAAAUAUAGAAAUUAUGUAUUUUUUAUUUUAAUUUUAAACUUUGAAUUAUACAAAUGCAAACCCCAUCAACAAAUGUUCUAGACACAUUUGAAAAAGUAUGCCAUCGUUUUAUAGGCUUGCUAAUAAAAAUCUAUUUUUGUAAAUUUUACU